GCGCCGUCGCUGCCAGCAUUGCAAAGCACCCGCGCCCACGCGUCUAUCCCUUCUCUAUCUCCCUCCCCGUUCAUUACCUUGGAACAGGCACAGCACAAAGCUCCGUCGAACCUGAUCCGUUACUUUGCGCGCGCAGCAGCUAACAUGUGAAACCCGAAUGUAGCAAUGUCCCGUCCCCGAUGGAAGGCUUCCCAAUGCGAUCGUGGAGCAUAGAGAUCUGGCUCCUGGACGAGAGCGGCAACGAGGUUUCGCCCACCAUCUUCGAGAAGGCCGUCUACAACCUGCACCCGUCAUUCGAGAAGAACAAGCAAGUGUUCAAGAAGCCGCCGUUCCGCAUCCAGGAGCAGGGCUGGGGCGAGUUCGACAUGACCAUCGUCCUCACGGCGCUUCACAAGGGCGGCGACCACACCCUCGAGCACGACUUGAACUUCCAGAGCGAGAGAUACGAGGCCAAGCACACUGUGACUUUCAGGAAUCCGCGACCAGACCUCCUCGCGCUUCUAGCUGAGACGGGACCCGCCGGCGAUGCGAACGGCGUGCGCGGCAAGGCCGAUGCGACCAAGAAGAAGGGUCGCAGGGACAAGAACGUCGACAUGGAGAAGCUCGCCGACGGCCUCCAGAAGCUCAGCGAGGAUGACCUCCUCCAGAUCGUCACCAUGAUUCACGACAACAAGUCCAACGAGACGUAUACUAAGAACGACGUCGAGAACGGCGAGUUCCACGUCGACCUCUACACCCUCCCCGACUCCCUCGUCAAGAUGCUUUGGGACUUCACCGCCUCAAGGGUCGACUUAUAGACUCAUCCUCUCCCGACAGCGAUGAUCAUGUACGCCGGGCGUGGCGAAGUACAUUCGCAGGAGGAGGAGGAGGACGAUGGGCAGGGGUCAAGGAACAGGACGAGGACGAAGCGUGGUGGCGAUUCUUUACUUUCCCGAAGAGCUCCCCUAUCCUCUCCU